AUGACGCUCGCCUUGCCUGUUGGUGCGGUUGUCAAUUGCGCAGACAACUCGGGCGCCAAAAAUCUUUACAUCAUCUCAGUCGUUGGAUUUGGGGCUCGACUCAAUCGAUUGCCAGCAGCAUCCUGUGGUGAUAUGGUGAUGGCUACUGUUAAAAAGGGAAAACCUGAGUUACGAAAGAAGGUACAUCCUGCAAUUAUUGUUCGCCAACGAAAGCCGUGGAGGAGACGCGACGGUAUCUUCCUCUAUUUUGAAGACAAUGCUGGUGUAAUUGUGAACCCGAAAGGGGAGAUGAAGGGUUCGGCUAUUGCUGGUCCUGUUGCAAAAGAAUGCGCAGGCAAGUUUCUACAUCUCUGGCCUCGUAUUGCCUCGAAUGCAGGAACUGUAGUGUAA